AUGGCCUUCCUCACCACCUUCUUGCUGCUCUUGUCUGGCGGGCUGCAGCACCCCUUGCUGGUGGGAGACGUGCAUGACAAGCUGGGGUUCUCACAGUGGCAGGUGGAGCAGGAGAGGUUUCUCAGCUCGGAGAUGGCAAGGCUGCACAAGGAGUUCGACCUCAACAGCUGGCCGGACCCUGCCCCCGAAACACCGGACCAAGAGCCAGAGACAACUACCGGGCCGACUCCAGCGCCACCCGAAGCCUGGGGCCCCUGGAGCGCCCUGGCUCUGCUUAUCGGGGGGGGCUUGCUUCUGAUGGAGGUGUGGGGGCGGGAGCCCCAAGAGGAGGGGGCGCCGGAAUCGAGCGAGGAAGAAGAAGGAGAAGCUUUGGAAGAAGAGCCGCCGCUGGGCUUUGGUUUCGUGGAGGGCUUUGUGGACGACCUGCUGGGUUCCUUCCGCGGGCUGUGCCGGCCCGGUCUCCACCUGGCUCCCGCGGGCUGCGUGGGGGUGGGCAGCAUGAUCGAGAAAUGGGGGUCCCGUUCUGAGCCUUGCUGGGACUUCCUGGUCCCCCUCGAAGCCCCGGAUGGGUACGCCUUCAAACACGAAGCUGCGGACGGAGGGGGGGAGCUACGCGGCAGGAUCGCGGUCUACCGGGGCUGUUCCUGCAUUGGCCUGGGGGGGGCGCUGUGUCUGGUGCACGGUAACGCGAACGGCACCUCCUUGCUCCUCAGGGAAAAGCCUGAUCUCUCUCUGGAGUCACUGUUUUGCUCCGGGAUUCACCUGGACGUGUCCAAGGUACAGUUAUGGUUCAGGUCUAACCUCAGGAGAGCCUGGGGCGCAGUCGCCCACAGGUACCAUUUCCAGGUCUCGUUCAUGGGCAGCGGUGGCACCUCCCCUUGCACGAUCAAGCUGAGCCACCCUUCCCACCGCGCCCUCUGGAUCAGCCUCACCCCGGCCGUGCGCUACCCCGGUUCGGAAGUGUACCCCUGCGCCACGCUCCUCCGAGCCCCCCUGGUGGACUGGCUUCUGUCCCUCGCUGUUUUUGAGCUUCGUUACCUGAACGCCGCGGCACGGCGGCUGCCAGCGCGCAGCUGCCACCUGAAGUGCCUCCGAAUCCUGGCCGUCCUCCGGGACCGCAGUACCGCCUUCCCGCCACAAGAGGGCGCCGCCGUCCUGACGUCUUACCACCUCAAAACGGUUCUGAUGCACCUGCUCCAGCUUCGGCCGGCCUCUGUGUGGGUGUCUGGGAGGUUGGGGGAGCAGCUGGCCGACGUGCUGCUAACGCUGGGCAGGUGUCUGGACCGGAGGAGGCUGCAUCAGUUCGGGGUUCAUCCUGGGGAGACGGGAGACCCCCUCCGCUGCGCCCCGCCUGUCAAUCUCUUUCGCCCCCUGCUGGACGACCGGGGUGUGUACCUGCAGGCGCUGCAGGAGUAUCGGGAGCUCCUGUCCCGAGCGAAGGCGCUGGUACCGCGGGGGGAGAAUCAGUGCACCGAGCUGGAGCAGAGACUGUGA